GUCUGAAGUCGAGAGAAAAUAGCGUUCAUGUCACUUUUCCUGUGUAAAAUGGCAGUUUUAUGUACUCCGAAAGAAAUUCAGUACUCUGCAUAACAUUUGGGAGUGAAAGCUAGUAAAUAAAAACAAUUUUGUGAUAUAAAAACGGCUUAAACAAGUGAUAAAUUCAAAGUGGAAUGAAUUAACAAUAAAAAGACAAUAUUAGUACAUGAGUAAAAGUGUUGUUCGAAUUGGUAUAGUAAUGUAUUCGAAUAGAACAUGAUAUUUUAAAUAGAAUUAAAUAUCUUAUUUUACUCCAAAAAGUAUUACAAUCAUAAAAUUAGUAACUCUAAUUCGUAGAAAUCACUACAACUGCAUAAAAGUAACUGCAGUUUAUUAAUUGUGUUUAUAUAGGAAUCAUCAAUCUAUGUAUAUUUAUGUAUUAUAAUAAAAUGUAAAUUAUGCCUCCUCGACGCGCAGAAGAGUGUCCUCUAAAACGAGUAGCUGCUCCAGGGUGUCGUUUACCUGCUCGUUUACCUCCUGGUGAAAUAUUAACUGAUAUUACUCAAAAAGAAUGGAAAUUGGGUCCAAGACUGGGAUGUGGUGGCUUUGGAGAUAUUUAUUUAGCUUCAGACGAUAUUCAUAAGACUGUUGGACAAGAUGCCAAAUAUGUCAUAAAAAUUGAACCUCAUCACAAUGGCCCUUUGUUUGUGGAGAUGAAUUUCUAUAUCAGAGUUGCUCGUAAACAUAUGAUUGAAGACUACUGCAACUCUCGAAAAAUCAAUAAAAUAGGAAUACCCACUUAUGAAGGCUCUGGAUCUCAUGUGUGGAAAGGAGAAAGAUUCAGAUUUCUCGUGAUUCCUCGUUACGGAAUCGAUGUAGGGAAACUUUUUUUGUCUAGUGGAAGAAAACUUCCGACAAAAUUUGUUAACCAUGUGGCGGUUCAAAUGCUAGAUGCAUUAGAAUAUAUACAUAGUCAUGGAUAUGCUCAUGCUGAUGUUAAAGGAUCAAAUAUUUUAUUAGAUGCUAAUAGUCAACAAAUUUCAGAACAUACGCAAAUUUAUUUAUUAGAUUAUGGUCUUGCUUAUCGAUUUAAAACGACAGCAGGUAUUCAUAAGCCAUUUGUUCAUGAUGAAAGAAGAGCACAUGAAGGAACUCUUGAAUUUACUUCUCGUGAUGCUCAUCAUGGAACACAUUCGAGAAGAGGUGAUAUGGAAACUUUAGGUUACAAUAUUUUACAAUGGUUAUGUGGGCGAUUACCUUGGGAAAAAGAAGACGGAGGAAUGCGAGCAUCUAUUGAUCCUAACGAAAUUCAUGCUCAGAAAGAGCUAUUGCUAGCUGAUAUUCCACUAUUUAUGAAAAAAUGUUUUCCACAAAAACAGAAACCACCUGCUUCCAUCGAAUCUUAUAUGAAAUACAUUGCAACACUAGACUUUGAAGCUAAACCAAACUAUUCGUAUCUUCGAAAUUUAUUUCGUCAAGGCGGUAGACUUGGAAGAAAUAGCUCACAAUUAUCACGCUGCAAAAGAGUUUCAGAUGAAAAUAUUCCAUGUGACAAACCUGUGAAAAUUCCAUACCUGAGAGAGAGAAGACCCUGCAAACCAGUUAAUGGAGAAGGACGAAUCACUAGAAAUACACAAACUCUAGCAGAUGUAGAAAAAUUUAGCUGGGAAGAAGUAUUAGCAACUCAUCCAGAUAAGCUGGCUAAAGUCAAUGUUCCAUCUAUGAACUCUCCCCUUACUCCACCACCAUCACCUCCUCCACCUUCUUUACCAACUUAUGCGAUGCUUCAUGUUUUGAAACGAAUGAAGAAUCGCCAGUCUGGAACAUUGAAGCAUAGAAUAAAGUCAUUUGAUAGUGACCUAAAAGUCAAGUGGAUGACUCCAGCGAUGGAAGAAGUGGCACAAUUAAAAAGAAAUAAACAAUUAUUGACUAAAGCUGUUAAUCAAUCAGCACGUUUGACACGUUCACGUAUAGUAUUAAGGAAACGUAAGUGAUUGGCAUAAUUGUUGGUCUGAUAUAAAAUUAGUCAAGCGAAAUGAACAAUUGUUAACAGUUACAUAAAUUAUUGGUACGAUGAGAAAAAUACUCAAAAUUAAAAUAAAUUUUGUAAGGUAAGAAAAAAUAUGAACUGAAUAAUUCAAUAAAAAUGAAUCUAUUAAUCUGAUUGAAUCAUAAUCAUUGUAAUAAUCAUUAUUAUAACACGUUUGAAACGAACCAUGUACAUUUAAUUUUAGUCAUGAGUUUAUUAUAAUCAUGUAGUAUUGCUAGAAAUAAUUAUAAACAUGAAUAUAGGCAUAUUUCUAGUUAAGUUAAGAAUUAUAAAUUGUAUAAAAUUAAUUUUUAUUGUUGUUAAGUAUGAUUGAGACAAUAGUCUCGCCAAUUUCUACAAGACUGUAUUAUUAUUUUCAUCUAUCAUUCUACUGAUAUGUAUAUAUUGGUAUGCAAGUUCAUCAUUUUUUAAGCAAAACAACUGCUUAUUAUAUCAUAAAUUUUAUAUUCAGUAAUUAGUUAUAAAUUCGAUGAGAGGACAUAAGCUUUUUUCUUCCGUUAAUUAUUUGAAUAUAUAUAGUGAAUAAUUAAGCAAAAUAUAUCUUGCUAGUAUAAAGAAAUAAAUCUAUUAAUAAUAUACAAUAA